AGAAACACAACAAGGCCACCGGCCCGCAUGGUUGUAGAUGCCGAGGGAUGGCAAAGCGCUUUUUUGUUCGUGGGGUCUAUAAUUUUGACAAUGCGAUAAGCAGAGGGCAGUGGUUCUUCUUUGGAUCCACAGAAAAGAAACACGCAUAUCAAAAACCACGAGAGGAAACGCGAUGACGUCUCCGAUAGUACAACUUGAUUGGAAGAUUCUCGCACCAACAGAAAAAAGUCGUAGGGGAAAGGAACUCAACACACCACGAAGGAGGAAAAACAAGAUGAAGCUAUUAAGGAUGCUGGGGCUGUGUAUGCAGAACAGCGCAGGACCACCGUGCAAUUUUGGUCAGGCGGGCGAUGGGCCUGCGACCGUGAUGGAGGUCGUGCGCUCUCCUGAAGAUGUUGGCAUGACUAGGUUUCAUCCUCACAACGCGGCUCUGCAGCGCACGCUACUCCCCCGGAGCAGGCAAAUGCCAUGGCAGGAGGCGAUUAUGAAAUCGGACUCCCUUGGAGCCGACAAACUUAGCGGUUCUUUUCCAGCCGGAACUCCGCCGGGAGUCACCAUGCGUUCAACACCGGAAAGCGGUACAGUAGGCGGUAUGCACCAGCAGCACAACCCGUUGCCUCCUGCGAUCGCGGAGCCGGACGUCGUGCGAUUUGGAUUCCAUAUCAACUGUAAAAAUGUCUGGGUCUGGAAAAUUUCUAGAUUUGUCAUGCAUAUUUUUCAUGAGCCAUGAUGUCUGUAAUACAUGCCGCAGCAUCACAGAUUUUUAAAGGGCUCUGUGAUACCUCUACCGCACGAGAAAUGCCCUCUCCGCGUAGCACAAACUGGAGUCCUCUUGCUGGUCAGUGGUUGAGGGGUAAAGAAGGUCAUGCAAUACAAAUUUCUUUCAGAAUCCAGAGACAGCAUCACAAGUUGUGACCUUCCAGACCCAGACAUUUUUACAGCUGAUAUUCCAAGAACUGAAUCCAGAAUAUUAUGCGCGGCUGAAGCAGAAGAUGGAGCUGCAGGUGGCGGGCGGUGCGGCAAGUGCCGGCAUCAUCCCCAGUAGCAAAAAUAGUCUCGCGCAACUUUUCGACAGUUUUCCCUCUUUGAGUCCUGCGCCCUCCACCUUCUCCCGCGUCAUCAUUCAUUCGUGCAGCAAAAACCUGCAAUUUCGCGUGCCGGGCGAGCAGGCUCCAAAAAACUACUUCACCAUGGAAAAUGUUGGUAAAGCAACCACCGUGCUGGAAAUGAAAACGAGAGUCGCCGCCUUCAUGCUCGGUCUGCCGGAACAGGACCCGCGGACGCAGGCGUUGGUACGCCCGGGCCAGUCGCAGCUCACGCUGAUCUACGUGGGAAAACGUAUGGACGACCGUCGGGCGCUGGGGGACUACGUCGCGAAGGAUUUUGGGGAGAACAUGCGUAUUACACUGAUCUACGACCCGACGGGGAAACAGAAUUCCUACAAUUGGAUCCAGGGAUGCGGAGGGUGGUAGGAGUGUCGAUGUGAGUCAGUGCAUGUUACUCACUUUGUAUGAUCAUGCCAUAUGCAUAUAGUAUUGAAGAAGAAGACCUUGCAACUCGUCUCAAGGGAUACUCUAAUGAAUUCGUCGCUCCUUCGGCUUCGGUUUGCUCAGAGUUCCGAUGAUUUUCCUGGUAAACCUGCGGAGAGUAGUGGAAGUGCAACACUUUUGGACAUUUUCGAAUUUUGCCUUGGUCCACGCCACUUUUUUGGUGGUGGUCUGGACAUAGAUAGAUUCUUUUGGAAAAAAAUCAAUGUAGUUUCUGUUUGCAAAACUUAAAAUAGCUUUUUCUCUACGUCUUUGAGAACAAAAACGUUUUUGCGAAACACAAAUUAUUUUCAUCUGAAAAAUCAUUUACAUUCUGAUUUUGGAUUGCAUACGAU